AAAGGCUUUUGAAACUUGAUUAAAAGAACCUUUAAUCUCCACUAGCUACUCAAGGGUCUCUAUAAAAGAACCAGCUAUUGAGUAUUAGAGUAAAGAACCUGCAUGCUAGCAUCAUUUAACUUGUUCUCAAGCUCUGGCUCUGUCUGCGUCUCAGCUCCUCCUCCUAUGGUAGUCGAAACACAGCUGCAAAGAGACCUGAAUGACACAGAAUUCCAAGCUGAUCAGAUUUGCCAUGCUAGAUCUCCAUUGCCUUGUGUUUUCAAUUAUGCAUCUAUUCUUUUAAAUGACACUAACAAUGAAUAAUUCUAUCAACACACACAUGCACAAAAUAGAAAGAAAAAACAACGGUAUUUACGCUCCUUGAGAUGGCUUCGGUUUUAAUGGCAAUGCAUUCAAGAAGCAGAUGAUGAAAUUUGAGUUUGCUCAAUUUAUAGUGGUUUCCAGCCACCACGCAAGAAUCAGAUGUGGAAAGUGAGAAAUUGCUUGUGUAAUGGAGAAGAGUCACCUGGUGUAAAUACACUUGUAAGCUCUGAUGGCUUCCACGAGUAUCCAAAUAGCUUCUGCUUCAUCUUCAGUUUGUUCAGCUUCUUCAAGUCCUCAAUGCAAAUAUGAUGUGUUCCUAAGUUUUAGAGGUGAAGACACCCGCAGAAGCUUCACAGAUCAUCUGUAUGCUGCUUUAAACCAGAAAGGAAUAAUUGUCUUUAGGGAUGACCCAAGUCUUGAGAGAGGGAAAGAAAUUGCUCCAGAACUUUUGAAAGCAAUUGAAGAGUCAAGGUUUUCAAUUGUUAUUUUCUCAAGAAAUUAUGCUUCAUCAAGCUGGUGUUUGGAUGAACUUGUCAAGAUUCUUGAGUGCAUGAACACUAAGGGACAAAUAAUUUUCCCAGUGUUCUAUAAUGUUGAUCCUUCUGAUGUACGGAAACAAAAAGGGUAUUUUGAGAAAGCUUUUGCUAAGCAUGAGGAAGAUUUUGGGAAGAAUGCAGAGAAGGUUAAAAAGUGGAGGGUUGCUCUGACAAAGGUAGCCAAUCUAUCUGGAUGGGAUUCACAUAACAGGCAUGAAACGAAGUUGAUCCGAGAUAUUGUUGAAGAUAUAUUUGGUAGACUGAAUCAUGCGUUCUCAGCCCCACCUAAGAAUCUAAUUGGAAUAGAUUAUCAUCUGGAGAAACUGAAUUUGUGCUUAGCUGUGAGGUCUGACGAUGUUCGCAUUGUAGGCAUCCAUGGGAUGGGUGGGAUUGGAAAGACAACUCUUGCUAGAUUAAUUUUUGACAGAAUAUCUAAUCAAUUUGAAUCUAGCAGCUUUCUUGCCAAUGUUAGGGAGGUUUCUGAAAGAAAUGGUCUACUUGUUCUCCAAAAUCAGCUUCUUUGUGAAAUCUUGAAGGAAGAGAAUGUUAAAAUAUGGGAUAUUGGCAAAGGAAGCAAUAUGAUAAGGAAUAGACUUUGUCGCAAAAGGGUUCUUGUUGUUCUUGAUGAUGUCGAUAAACCAGACCAAAUAGAAAAUUUAGUUGGAAAGAAUUAUUUGUUUGGCUCAGGAAGUAGAAUCAUAAUUACUACUAGAGAUGCACAUUUGCUUGUUCAGCUUGAUGUAGAUGCAGUGUAUAAGAUGGAGGAAUUAAAUCACGAUGAUGCUUUUAAACUAUUUAGUUUGAAAGCGUUUAAGAGUGACCAUCCUGUGGAAGGUUUCAUAGAGCUGUCCAAAGAAGUUGUGAGAUAUGCUCAAGGACUUCCAUUGGCCAUUGAAGUUCUUGGUAGCUUUUUGUAUGGUAAAAGUGUAGAUGAAUGGGUAAGUGCGUUGGGAAGACUAAAAGAAGAUUCUGAAAGGGAAAUUUUGGAUAGACUUGAAAUAAGUUUCCAUGGACUAAAACCAACAGAAAAGAAGAUAUUUCUAGAUGUUGCAUGUUUUUUCAAGGGGAUGGAUAAAGAUUAUGUAAUGAAUUUGCUUGACAGUUUUGGUUUUUAUGGAGCUAUUGGAAUUCGUGUUCUCAUUGAUAAAUCCCUAGUAACUAUUGUUGACAAUAAUAGAUUGUGGAUGCAUGAUUUGUUGCAAGAAAUGGGGCAAAAGAUUGUUUGGAAAGAAUCACCCGAUGAGCCAGGAAAGCGCAGCAGGUUAUGGGUUGAUGAUGAUGUCUAUCAUGUGUUAACUGAAAAUUUAGGAACAGAAGCAGUUGAAAUGAUGACUUUCAACUUAUUUAAACAAAAUGAGGUAAACUUGGGUGCCAAAGCCUUCUCAAAGAUGCGCAAACUAAGACUCCUCAAAAUCUCGAGUGUACAACUUUCCCAAGGCUUAGAUUUCCUUUCUAAUGAGAUAAGACUUCUUGACUGGCAUGGAUACCCUUUGAAAUCUCUGCCAUUAUGCUUCAAACCAGAAAAACUUGUUGAACUGGACAUGCCUUGCAGCUGCAUCAAACAACUGUGGAAUGGAACCAUAACUUUAGAGAGGUUAAAAUUUGUCAAUCUCAGCCAUUCAGAAGCCCUAAUAAGAACCCCUGAUCUCACUGGGGCUCCAAACCUUGAGAAACUAAUUCUUGAAGGUUGUACAAGUUUAGUAGAAGUUCACCCAUCAAUUUGGCUUCUCAAAUGGCUCAUCAUCUUAAAUAUGAAAGAUUGCAGAUGCCUUCAUACGCUUCCCAUCAGCAUUGAAAUGCAAUCUUUACAAGUUCUUAAUCUCUCUGGCUGCUUUAAAUUGAAAAAGUUCCCUGAAAUUGAAGGAAAUAUGGAACACUUAUCAGAGCUGUAUUUAGAUGGGACUGCUAUUGAAGAACUACCAUUGUCAAUUGAACAUCUCACUGGCCUUGUCCUGUUGAAUCUAUCAAAUUGCAAAAACCUUGUCAGUCUUCCAAGCAGCAUUUGUCAUUCCAAUUCUCUUAAAACUCUCGCUCUUUCUGGCUGCUCAAAACUUGAUCAGUUGCCAGAGAAGUUGGGAAAUGUGGAAUGCUUGGAGGAACUUGAUAUCAGUGGGACGGCCAUGAGGCAAAUGCCAUCUUCCAUUGCCCUCUUGAAAAACCUCAAGACAUUAUCUUUUCGGGGAUGUGGAGUCCAACCACCUAAACCAUGGAGUUCUCUUCUUAGCAACUUUCUGCUUCCAAGAAAAAGUGCAGAUUCCAGGUCUUUGUUGUUGCCUUCCUUGUCAAGUUUGCAAUCCUUGACAUUACUAAAUCUAAGCAAUUGCAAUUUGCCGGAAGGUGUAGUUCCGAGUGAUCUUGGUUCCUUAUCAUCGUUAAAGAUAUUGGAUUUAAGUGAUAAUGAAUUUGUUAGUCUACCCGUGAGCAUCAGUCAACUAUCAAGGCUUGAAGCCCUUCACUUGGAGGGUUGCAAAAGGCUUCAAUCACUGCCAGAUCUCCCAGCAAAUGUAGAAUUUGUAGGGGCAGAUGAUUGUAUUGAGCUGGAAAAUUUCCCAAAUCCUCUAAAGUUGAGCACUUCGGAGCGUUCAAGAUUUAAUCUUUUCAAUUGCCAUAGAUUGGUUGAUGAUCACAACUACAGUAUUUGGGCAUGGACAUGGCUGAAAACAUAUCUUAAGGGACUUCCUCGUCCAACAAACAGUUUUGAUGUUUGUCUUCCUGGAAGUGAAAUUCCAGAAUGGUUCAUAAAUCAGAGCAUGGGAUCUUCAGUAAGUAUAGAUCUACUCCCGCAUUGGAAUGAUAGUGAUCUGAUGGGAUUUGCUAUGUGUGCUAUUUUUAGACUUCGACGUCUAGCUUCUUUCAAUUAUAGAAGAUCUGACUAUCAUAGGCCAAAAAAUGUUGUUCUAGCUUGUUUCUUUAUGAAUGAAAAAGGUGAGUUCCUCUUCAACAAUCACGCAAGAGCCUGGUUCCCUACCUGUAGCUUAGUGAAAAAUUGUGCCCAAAUUGGGUCAGAUCACCUUUGGCUGCUCUUUAGACGCUCAUACCUUGACAAGGACUCACUGAACGAACUUAAUCGCAUUAAGGUUUCGUUUAGGGGCCAACCAGGAUCUGAUUGGGACUUGGAAAUUAGGAAGUGUGCAGUCCGCCUUGUAUAUUCACAAGACUUGGAAGAGUUGAACCAAACAAUCAUCAGCAACUCUUUAAAUGAGGAUAUGGACAUCCUCUGUGAUGAUUUUGACUCAUCAAGAAAUGGAUCGACUGGGCAAAACUUUAAUGACUCAGAACCUGGCGGAAGUAGAAACUCCACAGAAGAAAAACAACCUAAAAGACUUAGAAAGAUUUGAAUUUGUAUUUAUUUUUAAGUUGACAGAAACUAUCAUUGGAGGAAAGGGCCUCACACAAACCUUUAUUACCAUGCUUGUUUCCAGGAAUGUUAGGAAAACCUUAUUGCUGCUUUGUUAUUUUGAUAUUUAUUGUAUGGUUUUUGUUCAUUUCACAAUUAAAAUCUUUAUUAUCAACAGAUUUGGAAAA